CGGAGGCAGGGCCCGGCAGAGCCGCGCCGCGUCCCCCCGCCGCCACCAGCGCCGCCGCCGCCGCCGCAGGGAGCGCCCAGGGCAGCGCCGCCCGCCCGCCCCGCGCCCGGCCCCAGCGGCAGCGCCGAGCAGCGGCAGCAGGAGCAGCGCCGAGCGGCGGCGGCCGCCGCGGGAGAGGAGAAAGUUGGAGCGAGGGGCGGCGGGGCCGCCCGGAGCGGGACCGCGGAGCGCCGCCGCCUCGGCCCGGCCCGGCGCCGCGACCCGCCGCAGAUGCCUCAGCGCCGCGCGGGGCAGGGACGGAGCGGCGCUCGCCCGCAGCGGGGCCCCGGCGGCUGGCUGCGCUUCUCCCCGGCCGCGGCCCGCGCCGGAUUCGUGGAUUGACUCUCGCUGCUGCUCCGCGCCUGCUGCGUCUCGCUGCUGGGCUGCGCCCGCGCCGCGCCCGCGCUCUGGGGCCGAGGAGCUGCGCGCCCGCCCCGCGCCCCGCCGGGCCCCGGCGGCCGAGAGACCUUAAAGAAGUCCAAAAAGAGCGUGAAGUCAAACGGCAAGGUGCCAGCAUGCUAUGAGAUAGUGCCCCUGUCCCUCAAGAAGAAGAUGGCUGCAGAACUUUACCCUGCCAGCGCCAACACCAAUAUCGCAAACAGCAACGCUGCUGCCGCCGCCGCCGCCGCCACCGCUGCCAACAGCAAGAAGAACGCCCUGCAGCUCCAGCAGAGCGCCCAGCCGCCCCCGCCGCCCCAGCUCCAGAACCUCAACAACAACAACUUGGAGAGCGCCAACUGGCAGUCCUUCCACCCCACGCUGCGCGAGAGGAACGCGCUGAUGUUCAAUAACGAGCUCAUGGCUGACGUUCACUUCAUCGUCGGCCCGCCAGGGGCAUCCAAGAAAGUUCCUGCCCAUAAGUAUGUCUUGGCAGUUGGUAGCUCUGUCUUCUACGCUAUGUUUUACGGUGAUCUUGCAGAGGUCAAAUCUGAAAUCCAUAUACCAGAUGUGGAACCUGCAGCCUUUCUAAUCCUAUUAAAAUACAUGUACAGUGAUGAGAUUGACCUGGAAGCAGACACGGUUCUGGCUACGCUGUAUGCUGCCAAGAAGUACAUUGUGCCGGCCCUAGCAAAGGCUUGUGUCAAUUUUCUGGAGACGAGCUUAGAGGCGAAGAACGCUUGCGUCCUGCUGUCUCAAAGCAGGCUCUUCGAGGAGCCAGAACUGACGCAGCGCUGCUGGGAAGUGAUUGAUGCUCAAGCAGAAAUGGCACUGAAGUCAGAAGGCUUCUGCGAAAUAGAUCAGCAAACACUAGAGAUCAUUGUAACCCGGGAGGCGCUCAACACCAAGGAAGUGGUGGUUUUUGAGGCUGUUCUCAACUGGGCAGAGGCUGAAUGCAAACGGCAAGGGCUGCCGGUUACGCCGCGGAACAAGAGGAAUGUGCUGGGAAAAGCUCUGUACUUGGUGCGGAUUCCAACCAUGACUUUGGAAGAGUUUGCAAACGGAGCUGCCCAAUCUGACAUCCUUACGCUCGAGGAAACUCACAAUAUAUUCCUAUGGUACACAGCUGCAAAUAAACCCAAACUAGAGUUCCCGCUGACCAAAAGGAAAGGACUUGUACCUCAGCGAUGCCACCGCUUCCAGUCGUCUGCGUAUCGCAGUAACCAGUGGAGGUACAGAGGGCGGUGUGACAGCAUUCAGUUUGCUGUAGACAAACGGAUAUUUAUAGCAGGACUGGGUUUGUAUGGGUCGAGCUGUGGCAAGGCUGAAUACAGUGUCAAAAUUGAACUGAAACGCUUAGGAGUGGUCCUUGCUCAAAAUCUGACAAAGUUUACCUCUGACGGAUCCAGUAAUACUUUCUCUGUAUGGUUUGAACACCCUGUGCAGGUCGAGCAAGAUACUUUUUACAAUGUAAGUGCUAUUCUUGAUGGCAAUGAACUCAGUUACUUUGGGCAAGAGGGAAUGACUGAAGUGCAGUGUGGCAAAGUGACAUUCCAGUUCCAGUGCUCCUCAGACAGUACUAAUGGGACUGGAGUACAAGGAGGACAAAUACCUGAGCUCAUCUUCUAUGCAUGAUGCAUUUCACUUUGAUUGUUUUCCAAUACUGCUAUGCACACUAAGGGAUUUUUCAAUUUUACUACAGAACUCUACAGCAGUAUGGAAUGUUAUGCUACUUACCUAUCUACUACAUCAGGCUAUCAAAUAAGUGAAGGAAUGCUCUUGAAUUUAAUCUUAUUUUAUUUAUUCAUAAGCUAUUUGACUUAAUUAUUAAGACUGCAACAAGCAGGAAGAAAUGUUAAAAGUUUGCACGUACUGUGCAUUUAUUUUGUAUAUAGAUAACUAACUUGCAGACUGCAGCUGACUUAAACAGAAUGUUCUAAACUAGAGCAGUUUAUGAAUCUGUGAAAUAUAAAACAUUUUUACUUGCCCUAAAUUCUGUGUACUUGAUCAUUGCUGAUCUUAUGGCUUGUGUCUGUUAAACUAUCUGCUGUUAGCAAUAGUGCUAAUGCCAUAGUCUGGCCCAUGUGGUGAUUGACAGAAGGCAUCUGUACCACCACCCAGACAGAGGUUCCCCGACCUGGUACCUGAAACUACCCUACUGCAGGAAGAAGGAAGCUGCUACAUGUGGAAACUCAGGCUUUUUUUUGUGUGUGCGUUGCCUAAGCUGAAGACACAGACAAGAAGUUUGAGUGUAACCAAAGUUGAUUAAAGUCAUCCUGUGGUUAUAUCUGAAACCUUAA